AUGAGUGCCUUUAGACGUGCUUCUGCCGUAUACAAAAAGAAAUAUGGAAAACCACCGGUUAUUAUUUAUGACAACAUCAGUCAAAUAGUUAACGAGAAUCACAAGAAUUUUGAUAUUCUUCAAGAUGACGCUAAAAAGAAUGCAGAUGACAGAAAGUACAUCGCAGUUCAUAUUUAUGAAUCAAUAUUCUUAUCUCUAGCACUAAGUGAUUGGUCACGUGCAAACAAGUGGUUGAAAUCGGCAGUCUUAAUAGGAGGAAUCAAUGGAUUAUCUAGUCAAUAA